AUGCAAGAUAACGUAUCACAAAGAAAAUGGAAUGUUGAAUCAUCAAAAUCUGCAAACAAUGCAUUUAACCCAAUUAGAAGAAUUGUUGAUAAGGGUGGAUUUAAACCAAACCCAAAUAAAUCCACUAUUUCAUUAUCAAUUGGUGAUCCAUGUGUUUUUGGUAAUUUAAAUAUUUUAGAUUAUGCAAAUGAUUUAUUAAUUGAAAAUAUUAAAUCAAGUAAAUUUAAUGGUUAUCCACCUUCAACAGGAUACGAAAUUGCAAGAGAAGCAGUAGCAAAAUAUGUUGAAACACCAACAUCAAAAUUAACAUCAAAAGAUAUCAUAGUUGCAUCAGGAGCAUCAGGUGCAAUUGAAUUAGCAAUUGGAGUACUUUUAAAUGAAGGUGAUAAUAUUUUAGUUCCAAAACCAGGUUUCCCAUUGUAUGAAUGUACAAGUAAAACCAAAUUUAUUAAUGUCAAACAUUAUAAUUUAUUGGAGAAACAAGGGUUUAAUGUUGAUUUAGAGCAUUUGAGAUCAUUAAUCGAUGAUAAAACCAAAGCAAUCUUGGUUAAUAAUCCAUCAAAUCCAUGUGGUAUUGUUUAUAGUAAGCAACAUUUACUCGAUAUUAUCCAAGUUGCAAGAGAAUAUUGUUUACCAAUUAUCGCCGAUGAAAUUUAUAGUGACUUGACAUUUGGUGAACAUAAAUUCUAUCCAAUGGCAUCAUUAACUGAUAAAGUACCAAUCUUGUCAAUUGGUGGUAUUGCAAAGAGAUUUUUAGUGCCAGGUUGGAGAUUGGGUUGGGUUGCAAUUCAUGAUCGUGAUAAUAUUUUCUCAAAUGGUAGAAUCAUUGAAGGUUUGAUAUCUUUAUCUCAAGUGAUUUUAGGUCCAAAUUCAUUGGUUCAAUCAAUUUUACCAAAACUUUUAGAUCCACAAAAUACUCAAGUUAAAGAAUGGUGUUCAACAAUCACUAAAACUUUGGAAUCUCAUUCAAAAUUAACCGUUGAUAUGUUAUCAAAAGCUAAUGGUUUAAAACCUGUUUGUUCCUCUGGUACAAUGUAUCAAAUGAUUGAAAUCGAUUGUUCAAAAUAUGAAGACAUCGCUGAUGAUAAUGAAUUUGUUGGUAAAUUACUCGAAGAACAAUCUGUUUUCCUUUUACAAGGUACCGUUUUUUCACUUCCAAAUUUCUUUAGAAUUGUUUUUUGUGCUCCAAUUGAUAAAUUAACUGAAGCUUAUGAAAGAAUUAUUGAAUUUUGUGAAACUCAUAAAAAGAAAUAA